AAAGGAAGACUCUUCAGCUGCCGAAUCCUUACGAGCGCGUCAAUCAUUGUAUAAUAUCAACCUAGAUGGCCCCUUCUACAUUUUUGUUUCACAAAUGCCAACUCAUUACAACAGAGAACCAGAGUCUAAAGGGUAUCGAAAUGAUAUUUACAAUCUUUUUGAGGGUCCAAAAAAUCUCUUGCACGUGCAUAUAUACGGACGCGGAUGUUGUAUGUUGAGAGCAAAGAAUUUUGAAAGUUGUGUUCAAAUUCUGAGGAAGGAUGGCGAGAAUUUCAAAGAUAAACCAAUGAGGAUUGAAUACGUCGUUCCAAACGGCGAACACCAAUUUAAAUAUACAAGGUUUACUUCUAUCCAAUUGGACGCUCAAAUGGAAAUGUACCAACAAAAACUUUUGAAUCCUCCAGAGGAAAAGGCAAAACCGCCAAAACCAAAUCCUUUUGGAGAAGCAAAACCAUUAGAUAUUUCAAAGAAAAUGGAAGAAGUUGCUUUGAAAGUACAGGCUGAAAACACUGAAAAAAGACCGCCGACAAAACCUGUUGUUGAAAAUCCGCCAAAAUAUUUUCCUCGAACAAUUGAGAGAAGCGGCGGACGCCCACAUCCACAACCACAUCCACACAAAAAUGAUAAUUAUAAUAGGUUUAUAUUUUUAAUUUUGAAUUUUAUUUUUGAAUUUAUGGGGAAUGGCAAAUCUUUGGUCCGAAAAUCUUUUUAG